ACCGGAAACAGUAAAGUUGGCUGUUCCCUGUGUUGUGUUGAUUUCUAGAGAGAGGAGGGAAAGAAGACUUGACGUUUGGAUUAACCUAAUCUGCCUUUUCAGAGUUAUUGUGCCCGUUUCACACCUUAAUUCAAAAGCCAAAGAAAUUCGUGGCAACCUCUAAAUUAGUCAAUGGGAAAAAUCUAACAAUGUUUAGCUUUGAGGGAGAUUUCAAGACAAGACCCAAGGUAUCACUUGGAGGAGCAAGUAAAAAGGAGGAGAAAGCCUCUCUGCUGCACCGUACUCAAGAAGAAAGAAGAAAAAGAGAGGAUGAAAGAAAACGACUGAAGAAUGCCAUUAUCAUUCAGUCCUACAUACGUGGCUACCAGGACUUGAAACGACAGUAUGCCAUCCAGAGGGCCAGAUUUGACGAGUGUGUCAGCCAGACGCACGGAGGGGGAGCUCUGCAUGUCUUGGACGGUCCUGGUCUCUGCCUCUUAUCAAGACAACUCAUAUUUUUCUACAGACAGAGUGUGGACGCACAUAAAUUGAUAUGGUUGUGCCAGAAUCUGGUGAAACACAACGGUCAGUUUGUUAAGCUGUUGGUGGGCCCACAGAGACAGACAUGUAUGUUUCAGAUCAAGAGGAUUUUAGGCUUCUGCUGCAGACUUCUACAGAACUGCAAGGAUGACAGUUUAAAUGUGACGGUUCCCAUGCGGAUGCUAGACAUCUUUUCUUCAGAGAAAACCUAUCUUCCUGUUAUUCCAGAUGCUAACUAUGUAGCUUCGUUACUUGAGCAGAUUUUGCACUAUAUGGUACAGACUGGAUACUACAGGUCGCUGUAUAUUCUUGUGAAUCACAGGCUCCCUUCUAGUCUGGAGUACAGUGACUCUCCCUCUAUCCCUAUGGCAAGCACACUGUUGGAGCACAUCCUCAAACCUCUGCACUUUAACUACUCCUCCUGCACAACUGGCGCAAGGCAGUUUGUAUUUGCAGCCUUUACUGAGGAGUUUAUCUCUGCACCGUUCACCGAGCAGAUCUUUCAUUUCUUUAUCCCGGCACUGUCGGACAUCCGUCUCUCGUUUCCAUUCGAGGCCUUCUUGAGCUCCCUCCGGGCCACCAUCGGCUCCUCCUCAGCAGCACAGAGCCGGGCACCGUGGGUGUUUUACUUUGUCCUCUCUGCAGGGGAGAACUGCUUAGGCUCACUGUCAGAGGAGGGUCUCCUGCUGUACCUCCGGGCUCUGCAGACACUACUGCCGCUGCUGCCCGUGUCAGAGAGCAGCAGCAGGCCUGAAGUUACCAGUGACUCAGAGGAUGACGAUGAGAGUGGCAUCCAUCCAACACCCAAGCAGGAUGACAGCAGAAUCUCUGUGCAGCUGAUCACAGAAGAGUGUGUCCACAAGCUGGACACUAAGCAUCAGACUAACGCCCUGUUGAACCUGGUGUGGAGGGAUUCGGCCAGCGAGGAGGUUUUCACCAUGAUGGCAUCCAUCUGUCACACACUCAUGGUUCAGCAUCGCCUCAUGGUGCCAAAAGUCAGACUUUUGUACAGUUUAGCUUUCAAUGCACGUUUCCUGAGGCAUCUUUGGUACCUGAUAACUUCCAUGACAACAAAAAUGAUCACUGGCUCCAUGGUGCCGCUGCUACAGCUAAUCUCGCGAGGGUCUCCCAUGUCGUUUGAGGACUCCAACCGCAUCAUUCCCCUCUUCUAUCUCUUCAGCUCUCUCUUCUCCCACUCGCUUAUUUCCGUGCACGACAGCGAGUUUUUCGGUCAUGAACUGGAAGGUCAGACGCAGUCCUCCAUGAUGCCCUUCACGCUGUUAGAGCUGGUGACUCUGUCUCGCUGUCUGAGGGACGCGUGCCUGGGAAUCAUCAAGCUGGCCUACCCCGAGACCAAAACAGAGCACCGCGAAGAGUACAUGGCUGCCUUCCGCAGUGUGGGUGUCAAGACAAACACUGCGGUUCAGCAGCGGAUCCAGGCCGAGCAGAAACGCUGGGUACAGCUCUUCAAGGUCAUCACUAACUUGGUGAAGAUGGUGAAAGCUCGCGACAUUAGACGACCCUUCUGUCCAGCAGGUCACUGGCUUUCCGAGGAGGUCAACAUCCGCGCAGAUAAGGUCACCCAGUUGUACGUCCCUUCUGCGAGACAUGUGUGGAGAACGCGAAGGAUGGGCCGCAUUGGACCACUUCAGUCAACACUUGAUGUUGGUUUAGAGCCGCCACAGCUUUCUGUGUCGGAAGAGAGACAUCUGGCCAUCCUCACAGAGCUCCCUUUCGUGGUUCCCUUCGAAGAGCGAGUCAAGAUCUUCCAGAGGUUAAUCUAUGCUGACAAACGGGACGUGCAGGGGGACGGGCCAUUCCCUGAUGGCAUCAGUGUCACCAUCAGACGCAACUACAUCUAUGAAGAUGCCUACGAUAAACUCUCUCCAGAAAACGAACCGGACCUGAAGAAAAGGAUUAGAGUCCAUCUGCUGAAUGCUCACGGUCUGGAUGAGGCCGGCAUUGACGGUGGCGGCAUCUUUCGCGAGUUCCUCAAUGAGCUCCUCAAGUCGGGCUUCAAUCCCAACCAGGGCUUCUUCAAGACGACCAACGAGAGCCUGCUGUACCCCAACCCUGCUGCAGAGAUGCUGAUCGGAGACUCCUUUACGAGGCAUUACUAUUUUCUAGGCAGGAUCCUUGGAAAGGCGCUGUAUGAGAACAUGCUGGUGGAGUUGCCCUUUGCCAGUUUCUUCCUGUCCAAACUUUUGGGGACCAGUGCGGAAGUAGACAUCCACCACCUGGCAUCGUUGGACCCGGAGAUGUACCGCAAUCUCCUCUUCCUUAAGAGCUAUGAGGGUGACGUGGAGGAGCUGGGCCUCAACUUCACUGUGGUCAACAACGAUCUGGGAGAGGCUCAGGUGGUUGAGCUGAAGCUAGGAGGCAAAGACAUUCCUGUGACCACAGCAAACCGGAUAGCCUACAUCCAUUUGGUGGCUGACUACAGACUGAACAAGCAGAUUCGGCCUCACUGCCUGGCCUUCAGACAGGGCCUGGCCAAUGUGGUCAACCUGGAGUGGCUGCGCAUGUUUGACCAGCAGGAGAUCCAGGUGCUGAUAUCUGGGGCUCAUGUGCCAAUUUGUCUGGAUGACCUUAAAAAUUUCACAAACUACUCAGGCGGGUACACGGCCACUCACCCAGUCAUCCAGAUCUUUUGGGAGGUGGUCGAAAGCUUCACAGACGAGGAAAAGCGCAAGCUGCUGAGGUUUGUCACCAGCUGCUCCAGACCUCCACUGCUGGGCUUCAAGGAGCUUUACCCGGCCUUCUGCAUCCACAAUGGCGGCAACGACCUGGAACGCCUGCCCACGGCCAGCACCUGCAUGAACCUGCUCAAGCUCCCGGAGUUCUGCGACCAGCACCUGAUGAGGAACAAGCUGUUGUACGCCAUCGAGUCCUCCGCCGGGUUCGAGCUGAGCUGAGGAGGGCAGAGCUUCUCUGUCCCUGUUUCCAUGGACUGGACGCCACACAGAAAUGGCUUGGGAGAAAAAGACUUCAGACAGAGUAAAAAAAAAAAAAAAAUGACAGUAGGGAAAGCAAAUGAUGCACUGACCUGCCUGAUUUACUGUGUUUGUGUGUGUGUGUGUGUGUGCGUGCCAAGCCAGGGGUGAGGUAAUGAUCAUCUGCAGACUGAAGAAAAGGGGGUGCAAGGAUGAAUGGGUAGGAAGCCUUUUUUUAUCCUUGUUGCUUUUAAGUAAUUUAAAUGUUUAAUCACUUGUCAGAACCCUUUAGAAGAACAGUGCAACGGUUGAAUCUAGCAGGAAAUAUCACGCGCUGAAACAAAAACAAGAGUAGCAACUGCUCUCUUGUGUAAUCGAACAUGAUCACAUUUUUCACCAAAGAUUAAGUGGCAUCAUAUAAAAAAGGCAAAAUAGAGGGACUCUAAAGCCACCUUGUGGUGUGCCAAGGGCUGCAGGGGUGGAGGAGCUUUAUUGUGUAGCCAUCAUGCAUUUUCAUGUAGAGGUCAUCAAAACUCCAGUUCUUGCGAUUUCUCCUAUGAUUAUUAUUAUUACGAGUAAUAACUGUCAUGUCCGAUAACCAUACUGUAAGUGUGCACAUGCCAUCUGAAGUGUGGAAAUGGCUCAUAUUGCUGGACUAAAUUUGGGGGAAGUAUCAUAUUACUAUGGAUUUGUGAAUAUGUAUAUGUUUACAACUACUCUUGUAUUAUUCAUUUAUUCAGUAUUUGUACAGCUUUGUUUUUCUUUCCUUUCGUGUGAUGAAUGGAAGCCUCAUGUUUUCACACAUGCUCGUUAAGGUGUACAAUCUCUUCCCUGGUCAGCGCCCUGAAGUUGCUCUUAGGGAGCAACAACCGUGUCGCAUUGAUAAGGCUUACAAAUGAUUAGUGUACCAACAGGGUGAAAAGAGAGUAUGGAAAUAAAUAAACCCACUUUUCUUUUUGCAUUUUUCUUCCAUAAGUCUCUUUUCUUGUUGCUUGUAAUUUACAGUAAUGACCAAGUCAUAAAACAGUGCUUUGUGGAAAAAUCUCCUCCUGAGUUUUAUGGCCUCUGACAUAUAAUUAAAGAAACAUCCAGUUAAGAAACACUGAGCAGAACUAUUCUGGCCUUGAGAUGCAUUAUCGGGCUGAGCACAAAUUAAGAUUGUGUGAGUUUAUCAUAAAUCUGCCUGCCCUCUGAUGCAGUACAGCCAAGGAAGAUAUUCAUCCCUCUUUGGACUGAGUCCAUCUCCAUCCUCUCCUCCCUGCUGAAAAAGCCAACUUUGCUGCCCCCUCUUUUCCUCUCAGAGCCCGAACCCCUCGCAUCCGCUGGGCCAGGGAACUCAAUGUGAUAAUUGGGUCUUAAAAACCAGACUUGUCAUUGAAAUGAGGGAUUCAUCUCAAUUACUAUGAGAUUUAUUUAAGACUAUUACCUUGUGAUGGAUUAUAACUGACAAAGUUAAUGCAGGAUGUUAUGAAUCAUCCUCAGAGUGUAAUAUACUUAAGCGUUCUCAUAGACCUUUUAAGAGCUAAUUGAAGCUUUUAGGCUUGUUUAUCUUGGUGCAAAGCGAGGAAACAUCAAAAAUCACUUGAGGGUGGUUGUGGAUUGUAGCCUACUUUGCACCAGAUUACUUCAAAAGUGCCAUCAACUGUGCAUGCCUGGAAAGAGAGCAUUAAACCAGAUGCGUGUGUGCCCAACAUGUAAGCAUAUCUGACAAGUUAAUCAUACCUGAUUCAGUCUUCAAUGAACAAGUAACAAAUCAUCAGACAGAAUGACAUUCAUAGCUGCAGGUACUGCAUCAAAGAGAAAAUGUCUUGCACCCCUCUCUGGUUUUGUUUUGUUAUAACAGAGUGCCUUCUGGUGGUCAACCAGUGGUACUGCACGAAGAACAUUUUGAACGUUUACAGGCCUGUAUUUUGUACAUCUGUGGGCUGUGGGACACUUCAUGUCAAAUCAGGCACCUUCUUCUGCCAGUGCCAGCUUGUAAUAAAUGAAAUGGUGCAAACUACA